CAACGCGCCACCGCGCGAGAGCGUCGCAAGUGACCCCCUUAUCCGCCCCGCCCCAGUUUUCAGUCUUCCCGUGCCUCGCAGCAUGCGAAGAGAGGGCCACGCGUGCGCUACACGCCGCUGCCUAGAGAUUUUGUCCAUCGUCAGGCUAGUUCAUCGUCAGCUUUUGAACACCGCAUUUGUGUUCCGUUGCCUCUAUUGAAGGGUGGAGGAGGACACGGGCCGUGCGCACACCCGCAGGCUGCAUGUUCGAUUUCAGCGAGGGACGCGGCAGUUACCGUCAACACGCAGCGGGCCCGCAUGGGCGAGCACUUGAGAGGAAAGCUGGAGGGGAUGAUCGCGUCGAGAUUCGAGAAUUACCUGCGCAUCAUCCACACUCUGCAGAACGAAACUGGGAAGUUGGCAGCGCUCGAGUGCGAGUUGUUCAAGCCGUCCAUGAUGACCUCCGCCAAGACCGAGGUGCUCAUUCGGGUGAGCAUCUCGUGCAACGAGGAUGGCACGUUCCUAGUGUACACCAUGCCGGACUCGACCGCGGGGCCGCAGAGGUCGCCGUCUCUCUCCUCCUCCGGGAGCCAGGACAAGUGUUCCUUGCAGGCGCAGCCAGUGUCGUCCGAGGACAGCGCGGCUGCCGCGGCGCAGCCGGCCGAGGAGGGCUCUCAGCACUUGGGGCGCUGGGUGGAGCAGGUCUGCGAGUUCGGCAUGAGCGGCCGUUGUCACAGUCUGACGGCCCUGUUCCACUUCGGGUACACCACCUGGAAGCAGAUGCUCGGACACUCGACCUGGCCGGGCGUCGACGCCGUGGGCAGGGGAGGCGCCUGCGGGCCUGGCAUCGCGGAGGAGGAGGAGAGGCCGCGUGACGCCGACAUGCAGGAGGCCGAGGAGCCGCAGCUGCAGUCGCCAGCGGCGGCGGCCUCGGCCGCCGCCUCCCCGCCGCCCCUGCUGCAGCAGGCGCCGGAGGAGGCGCAGGCGGCCGAAUCCGAGGCGGAGGAGGCCGACGAGCCGCGCCGGCUGCUGCAGGACGCCCGGAAGGCGGCGGAGUGCGAUCGCCACGAGCAGGCGUUGGACAUCUGCACCAAGGGGGUCAGGGCUUGCCAGGUGGGCGUCGCCGCGACGUACGGCUCCUCCAGUGCGUCCAGUUCCGCCGCGGCCGCCCGGGCCGUCACGAUUGCCGCCCACGAGUCUGCGCCUUACGGCGACCACAGCGGCACCGUGCAGGAGUUGUUGCUGCUGCGGGCCAGAACGCAGGCGCGGCUGCGGAGCUUCGACCGCGCGCUGCGGGACGCAGAGGAUGUUAUCGCGCUGCAGCCGACGCGCGCUGAAGGUUAUUAUUGGCAGGCGAUCAGUCUGCAGGGCUUGGGGCACUUGCAGGAGGCGCUGGAGUCCCUGAUGUCCGCCCUGGAGUACGAGCCCCAGAACCCGCUGUUCACGCAGGCAUUCACCCAGCUCUUCGAGCAGAUUCGCGAGGAGCGCGAGGAGAGCGCGAGCCCGCCCCCCGCGGGCUCGGCGCCCGCGGGCUCGCCCGGCGCCGCUUCGGCUUCGGACGGGCCGCGGCCAGAGGCGGUCGGGCACCGCCGGGGCCGCGGCAGCGGCCAGCCCAUGGCGGUGCUGCGGACACGGCACACGCGGGGCCCCGCCGGCGACGCCCUGAGCACCACGACGCAGGCCACCCGCCUGAGCAGCCGCAGCACAACCCCAACGGAGGUCGCGGCGCCGCUGUCCCACUCGUCCUCGAACGACAGCCUGUCCGUCGGCGGCGCCGGGGGCUGCAGGGCGCAAAAUGCACCUGCGCCGAUCCUGGCAAGCCGAGCCUGGGCUGAAAAACGGUGUGCUUGUCGGUCUCUUUGCGAAGGGCAGAAAUUGUCCGCCCCGGCUGGCGCCAGCAGCCAACCGCAACGGAAUCGAGGUUUGUCCGUCGGGUUUUCGCGCUUGUUCUCCAUUCCCGUUUUCCGUCAAAAGAGAAGGAGCGGUGUUUCUGUCUUUGUUUCGCUCCCGUUCUCUUCCCCGCCGGUAACAGAUUCGAUGGGUGUAUCUGUCCUCCUGGACGAGCCAUGAGGGUGCCUACGCCGGUCCUGGACCCAGGAUGCGCGUGGCCAGGAUCGGCUUGGUUAAUCGCAUAACCAGGCGGUGGCUUCCCAGGGGUGGCGAGCGGGC